AUGCGUGCAUAAAAACAGACCAAAAAAAAGCGGAUAACCAUGCAUGGGCACCGAUCUGGAACCAAUAUUCCCUGUGCAGCAGCAAUAAACAUGUCUUGUUCCGUGGAUACAUAAGCCCAAGAUCCACCGCGGAAAAGGCAAUUGUAUACAACAACAGCAGCAGCAGCAAUAACAACAACUUAUACGACAAAUACAUAGGCACGAUCAAAACUGCAGCAGUAACGAAUGAGUGGCAAGCGAGAGUAUUGGAUAGUAAAAAAGCGGUGUGUUGCUGAAAGCGCCAUACAUAUUCAACGUAAAUAUUCGAUUCUAAAGUCAGUGGCCUUUAGAACUUCACAACGUACGGUUCGCUUCAUGGAAUACACCGUCGCUACAGUGAAUGUGCUCUCGCCCCGCAACCGACAAAAUUUUUGUUGUUGUUGUUGAAUAAUUUCGUCGAAGAAAAUCUACCGCAUUUACUCUAACGAACAUUUCGCUUCAUUCAGUGUACAAAAAUAAAUAUAAUAUAAAAAAAAACGCGAAAAAAAACAUCGGUCUAUGCAAAUUGACCGUUGUUCACAUUUUUUGUGUGUGCUAUACGAGCGUAAAAAAAGAGAAGAUUUGUGGUUUGUGUGUGCUCAUUAAACGCGCGCGGUUAUUGUGAAAUUUAUUCGGCGUGGAGGUGUAUUCAUCAUCCUCGUCUACUAAUUAAGUUCCAUCUUUGAGAAGAAACGAAGAGAAAAAAAAAACGAAUUGAAGCGAAUCAAAAAUCGGACAACAAAUAUAUCAACACAUUGUUUACAAAAUAGAACACGGAAUAUUGUUCGGGUUUCGUUUAAUCGUGACAAUUUAUUGAACGCGUCUUUUAAUUGCUUUUAAAUAGCUUUCGACCUGCGUUAAAAUUAAUGGAAGUGUCGCGCGAAAAGUGUGUUGAAAGCAUUCAAUUGCCAAAAUAAUUUGCAAAUGACUUGGUGCGAAUCAAAAAAAAAAAUAAAAACAAAUAAAUCGUACAUAAACUGUCUUGUCGCUUUGUUCUUUUUUCUAUCAUAAAAAGAGAGAAGAAUCCAUUUUUUGAUUUAAUUUGAUUUCACGGUGAACGCGAAAAAAAUGCUCGUACCGUCCGACAUGAUUUCGGCACAAUCGAAAAUGGUUUAUCAAAUGAACAAAUAUUUCGGGGAGCGCGUGCAACUGCGCAAAGCCGGCAUACUGAAGACGAUUCAAGAGGUAUGCCGCAUCGUUCAGGAUGUUUUAAAAGAGGUGGAAGUGCAAGAGCCACGAUUUAUAUCAUCGCUGAACGAUUAUAAUGGCCGGUACGAUGGGCUUGAGGUGAUUUCACCCAACGAAUUCGAAAUUAUUAUCUAUCUCAAUCAAAUGGGUGUACUGAAUUUUGUCGAUGAUGGAACAUUGCCCGGUUGCGCGGUGCUCAAACUGAGCGACGGCCGAAAACGAUCCAUGUCAUUGUGGGUGGAAUUCAUUACGGCUUCUGGAUACUUGUCGGCACGGAAAAUCCGAUCAAGAUUCCAAACAUUGGUCGCUCAAGCCGUAGAUAAGUGCGCCUAUCGAGAUAUUGUUAAAAUGAUCGCCGACACAACAGAAGUCAAACUAAGAAUACGCGAAAGAAUUAUCGUUCAAAUCACACCAGCUUUUAAGUGUGCCGGACUGUGGCCCAGAUCUGCAUCACACUGGCCAAUACCGUCGAUUCCAUGGCCGCAUCCAAAUUUGGUCACCGAAGUGAAAACAGAAGGUUUUGACAUGCUAUCAAAGGAGUGUGUCGCGUUACAAGGCAAAAAUUCAGCAAUGGAAGGCGAUGCAUGGGUGCUGAGUUUCAAUGAAGCCGAAAAUCGACUAUUACAUGGUGCUUGCCGUCGACGAUGCUUGAGUUUAUUGAAGACGUUGCGCGAUCGACAUUUAGAUUUGCCCGGCAAUCCAGUCACAUCGUACCAUAUGAAAACACUGUUGCUGUACGAAUGUGAAAAGCAUCCGCGCGAAGCCGAAUGGGAGGAUAAUUGUUUAGCUGACCGUAUAAAUGGCAUAUUUAUGCAAUUGAUAUCGUGUUUGCAAUGCCGAAGAUGUCCCCAUUACUUUUUGCCCAACAUGGACUUGUUCAAGGGAAAAUCGCCGAACGCAUUGGAAAAUGCUGCACGACAAGUUUGGCGUUUACUACGUAUCAUGCUGACGAACACACGAUGCCUCGAAGAGCUCUAAGCCGUCGACAGAAAUGCAGCCCGAUUUAGACGUGUAAGCUGAACGAAUUUGAACGUGUGGGUGGAAAAAUCAAUGAAACAAGACAAUUGACGAAGGAGGAAUGGAUCCAUUCCUUCAAAAGAAAAUGGCGGAAGAUCCGUUAUUAUAUUAAAAAUUACUUCUAAUAUCAAAUAUUAGAAUCAACUGAGCGGCACGAACCACAUUUUUUUUGGCUUGUCUCCAGCAAAUUUGUAUACAGAUUAAGUCGUAUGUAUACGUAAUAGCAGAAUAAGCAUAACUUAUUUAUAAUUUAGACAAAGAAGACAAACAUUUAUUUGGGAAUCUUUAAGAAAUCGCGGAACAAAAAACAACAAUGCUUUGAACGUAAUGCACCGUUUUCAAAAACAAAAUUUGUUACAUUUCACGCUGUUUUUUUUUACUCGAUAAAAUUUUUAACUGACUGCAGGGCGAAAAAUGAAGAAAAAACAACCAAUUUGGCAACUUUAACGAAUUCAUCUAAUGUAUACGAACAUUCUCAUUUAUGCAGAGAAUAAAAACAUUCAUCCUUUUCAUUUUCUAUUUACUAGACACUGUUUUUGUUUUUUUUAGAUGUAAAACGCUUUUUUGUGCAAUUCUUUUUGAAAAAAAAAAGUAUAAAUAUUUUUUCUCUUUCGAUUUUACUAGACAUUUUCUUUGAUAUUGUCUCUCUUUAAGCGAUGAUUUUGCAAAAAAUCAAAAUAUAUAACGAAAAAACAAUCUUUCUAUUUAAAUACAUGCAACUGAAACUGAAUAAUAAAAUGACCAUUUGUAGAAUGAAA